UAAAAUUCAGGCAACUUUUCUUCAAGAUGGCGUCUCGAGCAGGAGGGAGAGCUUCAGGUCUGAUAAUAUUUCGUCGUAUUUUAAACCAUCCUACAGAAUAUCUUCUUCUACAAGCAUCUUAUGGAAGUCACCAUUGGACACCGCCAAAAGGACAUGUUGAAGAAGGCGAAAGUGACGAAGAAACAGCUUUUAGAGAAACAGAAGAAGAGGCAGGAAUAACUUCCAAAUCCUUGAAUUUGAUGAAAGAUUUUAAAAUUGUUUUAGAGUAUCCGGUAAAAGGCGCUUUAAAAAAGGUGAUAUAUUGGCUUGCAGAGUUGACUGACCAUGACUGUAGAGUAAAACUGUCGGAUGAACAUCAAGAUUUUAAAUGGGCAAAUCUUGCAAAAGCUUGCGAGUUAGUACGAUACCAUGACACUCAAGAGGCAUUAACAUCUGCUGAAAAAUUUCUCAAUGGAAAAUAACUGCUAAAAUAAAGACACAAGUUUGUACUUUGAAGCAUGCAAACAUCACCUAAAAGAGAAAAGCAUGUAAAAAUAGAACUGAUUUUGACAAUUGUAGUAAACUUUUUGUCUGUAUUGUAAAAAAAUAGAAAUGUCCUUUAGGACUUUAAUUAUAAUGUAUAACCUUGUAAAGUUAAUGUUUAUGUUCAUUAGUUAAUAAGAAGUUGUGUGUAUUUUCUAAGGCUAUAUCAUAGUUUUCUGUCUUAGUUAUUUCAAUAUAGUUGAACACCCAGCCUAUAGCACAACUAUAUAUCACAAAAUAUUGAAUGAGAAGGUCUGCAAUUUUUACCCCCAGAUUGGGCAGAAAAGCGAGCAAUUUCUACACGAGUCGCACGAGCCUUACACCCAUUUUUAUAAGUGAGUUUGGUUGUUCAUAAUAUGCAGCGCAGGCAUUUCCAUCGACAACAACCUGUACUUGACUACACACAGACGUCUGAAUUAGAUUUAG